GCCGAGGGCGGCAUUCACGGAGGGCAGACCGUCCGGCUCCGCGAUCUGAAGGCUGCUCCCGAGCUGAACGGUGAGGUGGGAAUCGCCCUCCGCUUCAACACCGACUCGGGCCGUUGGCUCGUGCGACUACGGAAUGGGGAGGGCAAGCAGCUGCGACCCCAGAACUUGGAGGGCAUGGAGGGUGACACGGGCCGCGUCUUCGCUGUGUGGGGCGAUGC